UAAACUCUUAAAGUCCGAUUUUUUGGAGAACUCCUUCUUCGUGGCUUGUAAAGCUUCUUUAUUAAGCAAAUCAUUCUUUUCUCUUUUUCUCUUCCUCUACUUCAACUUAAAUGUCAGAAACAGAGAAAUCAAGAACAGCUAUUAAUAAACUAUUUGUGGAAUCGGGCGAAAAAGAAAGAUUAUUACAAUUCUUACGGACUCGAUUAAUCGAAUCUGGAUGGAACGGUAAUCUAGAUGCAUAUACUCGCGAUGUUAUAAGAAAUAAAAACUUGGAAAAGACAACACUUGAAGAAUUAGAAAAGGAAGUCGGUGAUUAUGGUAGAGCUAUAAUUAAAGAAUCUGUGAAAAAAGAUGUAUUAGAACAAAUUAAGAAAUUUUUGGAUAAUAAUCUUGAUUAAGUUGUUUAUUAAUUAACAGCAACUUGGUUCACUUCUUCAACAACACCACGAAUAACAGGCUUCGUUUCUUUUAAAAUUAAGCGCAUAGCAUAGG